AUGGCGAAUGAGAUCGAUGCACUGAUUGCCCUGGAUCAUCCAGCCAUCGUGCGGCUCAUCGAGUGCCCCAGUGUUUCAGACAUGCCAGGAGAGGCAGAAGGCAUUGCAUGGAUCUACCUGGAGUACUUUGUGGAGGACUCCGAGGUGCUCUUGGUCAUGGAGCUUCUGCAGGGGCCCAGCUUGGGCGAGAAGAUGCGUGAGUUCGGCAAGUUUUCCGAAAGCUUUGCCGUGCGAUGCCUGCGCCACAUGCUGAAGGCCUUGUUCUGCUGCCACUGCCACGGCAUUGCGCACAACGACGUGAGCGAGGAGAACUUCCGCUUCGAGAACUGCCGGAACGAUGCGGCGUUGCGGAUGGUGGACUUUGGUCUCAGUGAGGUGAGUUCACAGGAGUCUCCGCUGAAGCCCUCGGAGCCGGGGCGAGGGAUCUACGUUCAGAAGCGAGAUAUUUGGAGCGUUGGUACCAUUCUGUACCAGAUGCUGUCAGGCACUCGUCUGCUGCCGGUGAUCAAGGAGGGCUCGGAGUCUCUCGGCCUGCUGCCCUGCGCCACCAAUCCGAAUUACGUGCCGGCGAAAUUGAAGCAGCUGGAGGCAUCAGAGGAGGCCCUGGAUUUGCUGUCCCGGAUGCUUGAGCAAGGCACCGAGCAGCGGAUCGCGGCGCAGGAGGCCCUGCAGCAUCCGCUGGUGGUGCAGUCCUAUGCCCUCCAGCAGGGACAGGUGGAUGACCCCAACCCCAGUACCAGCUCAACGCUGAUCAAGUCCAGAAGCAACCGUCGAAAGCUCGCGGGAUGCGCGCCGGCGCUGCGCGCCUUUGCGAAGGCGCCCAGGAUCAAGCGCCUGGCACUGCUGGUGGCAGCACACCUGCUGGGCGAUGAGGUGGGAGGCGUGCGCUGGGUCUUCAGAUUUCUGGCGCGCGAUGGAUGGCUGGUGGAGGAAGACGCCUUCCAGCAGGCCUUGUUGGAUUCCGGCGAAGAGGUCCCACAGGACUUCGCGGCGCUCUUCAGAUCUGCGGAUUUGUCAGGCUCCGGCGCUUUGAACUUCGUGGAGUUCAUGGCCGCGAUGAUGGCGACGCUUCCCGAGGUGUACUGCAGCCAUUCCUCCCUCAAGGCGGUGUUCCACUUCUUCGACAGCAGCGGGGGCGGAGUGAUCCGGGGCGAGCAGCUGCACAGCCUCUUCCCUGCCAAGUCGGAGUCCGAGUGCUCCUCCAUGAUCCGACAGAGCUGCGGGAAGGACUCGAUGAAUUUCGGGGACUUCCAGCGGGUCAUGCUGCCGAUGAAUUGGAAGCCCCCGGUGGUGGCUGCGGCCUCCUGGGCGGAGGUGCCAGAUCUUUCGAGCCCGAUCCUGGUGAAGAAGACUUCGAGAGAGAGCAAGCACCAGGCGAGGCUUGGAUGUUCUUCAGACCCAGAGCAUGAUGCGCCGCCGCAGGCAAUCAUCAGCCGAGUGACCUCGGCCCCGUCAGAGGCAUUUGCUAUUCGGCAAGUUCCUGGCUUUCACCGCACAACGCUGCGGCCUUUUUACGAGUCACAGGCGGUGUCAAACGUGGUGCUGGGCCUGGCUUCGGGCUCCUCCGGCUACGCACGCCGCGCGGUGCAGCUGAACUGCGCCGAGCUGGUCGAGGCGGGCCGCGGCGCCUUCUUUUUUAUGCCGAACCCCAAGUACCACUGGACCCCCGAGGCGGCGUUCAACGAGGAGCGGAAGGCGAGAUUCGUGGCGUGGUGGAUCCACCCGGACUUGUGCCCGCGCCUCGCGUCCUUUGAUGAAGCACUGGCCGGGGCCCCAGCACCGAGCCGUAGGGUGGCCAUGCCUGCCGCAAACCUGGCGCUGGAAAACAUUGUCGAGACCGAGCGUGGCCAUGCGGAGCAAGAUGGGAAUCCCAAUGCCAGCAUCGAGGCCAACGACGUCGGGGAGUCUAGUGAGGCCAACUGCACGGACGAGCCCGAAGGCGAAGCCUACGAUGAGGAUGGGGAGUCUGAGCACGCCCGCCACGAUGCAGAGGUUGUCACCCACCCCAUCGAGCUGGAGCUGGAGAAGAAUGCCCUCAGCGGCCGCGUUGUCAACCUCGAAGACUCCUUGGCCGGAAAGGACUACCAGAUAGGCGUGCUGACCGCCGAGGCGCAGAAGCUUGAGGAGGAAGUUGCCUUUCUAAAGAUCCAGGCGGCCAAGAAGCAGAAGACCAGCCACUAG